AUGCCUUGGGCUUGUUGCUUCCGCCGAACGUCCAAGAGAACGUCCAAGAGAGAACGCCAGCACGGCUGCCGAAGUGACGUAGGACAUGCAGAAGCUGCAAAAAAGAUAAACGUAUUCGGGUUUUUGUCCCACCACGUGUUCGGGUUUUUGUCCCACCACCUGACCGACACAUCAGUCAGCAGCAGGUCUUCCGUCACCGAGUCGUGGUCGUCGCCUUCAUCGCACGCGCAUCGUAUCGAAAAGUACCACGAUCAUCGACCUCGUGCGACCACCCGCAUGAGUCCACUUCGAAGGUCCAUGCGGCGCAUACGCCCCCGGGCUGCGACAUCUACACGCAUGCUCGUCUUCAUGUCUUCCGUGCUCGCCGCGGUCUUCGUCGAUGCCUCGACCGGUCCGGCCGAUCAUACCGGCGUUAAAUCGAGCCACGAGAUCACACGGGCCACAAACGUGACUCCCGGCGACGACACACGUCAUCCUGCUUCCCUCCAGCUCACCGUCCACGCGUUCGGCGCGAGUCUCGACCUCGACCUUGAACGCAACGACGAGCUCUUCUCGCGGGAAUAUCGCGUGCUCGCGUGGAAUCCCGCGUCGAACGCGCAUCAGCUUGUCGGGAAUCACCCCGGGACGGAUCACUGCCACUACCACGGGCGCGUGCGGAACGCAAACCCGGGCGUGCGCUCCCACGUGGUGCUCUCCACGUGCCAUGGACUCAGCGGCAUCGUCAAAAUCGGUGACGAGACCAUCACGCUCAAGCCCGCAGAACGAGAUGCUGAACAUCGCGACGACGACCAACUCGACGCCGAUGUCGUCGCGACCAUCGAUGUCAACGCUGACGGUUCUGUCGGCCCCAUCCCAGUCGGAGAGGACCUCAGCGAGAGUGCACCUUCAGAUUCCCGCAGAGCGUUGCUCGGGGGAGGCGGCGGCGCGGAUGCGUUCAAGUACACGGCGGGCCCUCAGACAAUUGUCAUGCGGGUGAUGGUCGUCAACGACAACGAUCGAUGUAAAUUCUUCACGGCGGGCGCGUCGAUGACGUCCGCUGAGCAAACCAACAUGGAAGUUCACACCAGGCACCUCAUGAACAUGGCGGCCUGGAUGUAUAAAACCAUCUCCGACGAAGUGAGCAUCCGCAUCGUGCUCGCCGGGCAGGUGAACUGGUGCGCCGGGAAUGCGUUCUCGAUGAAAGAGGUACAACUCGGCGAUCGCAGCGGCACAUACGAUGACAAAGUCAAAUAUUACCAAUCCUUUGGUGCCCGCAUCAUCGACAAGUCAGAUCUUGAUGCGAAAGUUCCGGCGUGGAUAUACUCUAACCAAGCAUCGCUUCCUCCAUUCGAUGUAGCUCACAUAUUCAGUCCUAAUGCAUUUGCAAGAGAGGAGGGGGCCCUGUCGGCGCUUGCGGGUGGAUUUGCAAGCCAGGGUACACCGUGCUAUGGUUUUGGCGUCGAUGGAGAUAUCGGAAGGUUCGGAUCUUCAGACCAAUUCGCAGUACAUGUAAUCGCUCACGAGCUCGGUCAUAACUUUGGUCUUAAUCACGACAUAGGUCCGGGUUGCCACGAAUCAGAUAUAUUUCACAUCAUGACUGGAGACGGAAGCGAUAGCACUGAUGGCAAGAUUUCAGUUCGCGUCUGGUCAAAGUGUUCCGUGGACGCUAUGCUUAAAUUGGUGCAGGAUAGUAAGCUCGACUGCCUCAAAGGUCCCGGUCAUCAGAGCACCACAGGUCGAUGCGGCAACGGCAUCAUAGAUCCCGGAGAAGGCUGCGAUUGUGGCGCGCUAGAUUGCAGUUCGGUGGACGCGUGCUGCGAUGGUACGACGUGUCAGCUCGCGACAGGAGCCACGUGCGCCCCAACUGAGAUUGGUGCCGGCGGCGACAAGAGCGUCGAAGCACCCCGUUCCUGCUGUGACGCGGCGACCUGCGCACCCGCCGCGGCGGGAACCGUGUGCCGUGCUGCCAUUGACGCGACCUGCGAUGCGCCCGAGGUUUGCGACGGUACCACCUCUUCGUGUCCCGCCGACGCGCCCGCGGUCGCGCUCGGGACUCCUUGCGCUGGAAUCAACGGGGAUCGUGGAUCGUGCUGGGGGAAAUUCGGACAGCGGGGACCUUUCCGCUGCUCAAAUCGAGAUUUAUCGUGCACCUCACUCACCGACUCUAUAUUGCACGGGAACGGCUGGUCCAAUCCUCCACGCGGCGGUGCCCACGCCGCCGACGGUACGUGCUCGCUCGGUGAUUACUGGCAAAGAAACGGCUUUCCUUAUGACACCGCGGCGAAAAAGUUCACCGCGGCGCACUGCGACGGAGGAGGGACUGGAAACAUGGUUUGUUUUUCCGGCACCAACUGUUCUGCUGGUUGGUAUUCUUUACAACGGUCAUACGCUUUGGCAGGUUUCCCGUGUGGUGACAUCGGUCCAGACGGCAUCUACGAGAGCGUGUGUGACGGCGGAGCCGGACACAAUCGGCACGGACACUUGGCUACGGACUUCCAGGAUGGCGUCAUGUACGACGGAUCUAACCAACCACAGUGGUAUCCGUCCAAGUGCGUGCCGACAUCGUCACUGCUUAAGCCCCCUCCCCCGCCGCCUCCUUCCCCACCGACCGCGCUGCCGCCGUCCCCGCCCCCGUUCCCGCCGCCGGCGCCAUUUGCGACGACGACACUUUUCGUCGACGUCACAAAUUUUGAUUACGCCAACGCAAAAGACAGAUGGGAUUGGAUAUGGCACAUCGAGGCUUCCCUGGCUGGAGCGCUUCCGCAAUCGUACAAGGAGCGCCAUCAGGCCGACCGGGAUUCGUCGUCGUGGUGGACACGCGCGACGUUUUCCUUAAAAGCGCGAAUGACCAUCCCGGGCGUCGCCACCGUCGACGGCGUGUCCGAUGCCGUGUUUAAGCGCGCCGUCGCCGCCGAUCUCGGCGUCGACGUCGAUACCGUCGUCAUCGUGAAUAAGACCGUUUCCUCUCGUCGUCGUCGAGCUCGAGCUCUCCUCGCGAGCGGAGGCGUGACCGUCAACUACGAGCUCUCCAAGUACGCGACAGUCGCCAACACGAGAUCCGAUCCAAGCGGGGGAUCCAUUAAUGGGAACAUGACGAGGGAACUGUACGUCCGGAAUCGAGUCCUGGCAUCCGAGGCGUUCCUCACCGUCAACGCCGCGUUCGGUGCCUCCCCCGACGUGUCGAAUCCACCGGCAAAUCCGGUAACGGCCACCUGCGAGCUGUUCAUCAUGGCCGGGAGCGUCGAGGAAGCCGCGGCGGUGCUCGCGACGGCGAAGGAUCCGAGCUUCCCGGGCAAGGUCAACACCUUGAUGCGGAACUGGUGGCCCAGCGAGACGGCAUCGGUGACGAAAGUCAGCGCGACGCCGGAGGUGUAUCAUCCACCGCCGGAAGAUGGCAUGUCGGACGCCACGAUCGCGCUGUACUCGUGUGUCGCCGUCGUCGCCUGCGGAUUGGCGGCGGGUGCCGCGUACCGAUGGGGAGGUGCUCUGCGCAGGAAAGUGGCACCCUUGGGGGCCAUGACCUCGAGUGUGACCUCGAAGAAGAGUUCCACCGCGAAGGUGGCGCCCGCACCACCCAAGGCGCCGAAGUGA